AUGAUCAUGCCCCUCACCUGUCUCUUCCCCUCUCUCCCUUCGACAUUGCACUUCAAGUACGAAGAUGCAGCGGCACUGCUGCCAUCAGGCCCGUGCAAGCAUCUGCAGCAGUGGGUGGUGGUGAUUGUCGCACCCGUCAACCCGGUGCUUGCUCAGAUAUUUGUGCUCCUUCCACCCCCCGACCGAAGGUACUCCUCACACUUCAAGUACGAGCACGCCAUGGCGUUGCUGCAGGCAGGCGCGUGUGUGUGUUCAAUUGCAGCAGUGGGUGAUGAUGGCCCUGCUCGCCCCUCAACUCCGCAUGCUCUCCUCUGCAUGUUGCAUCUCCCUCUCCUCUGCAUGUUGCAUCUCCCUCUCCUCUGCAUGUUGCAUCUCCCUCUCCUCUGCAUGUUGCAUCUCCCUCUCCUCUGCAUGUUGCAUCUCCCUCUCCUCUGCAUGUUGCAUCUCCCUCUCCUCUGCAUGUUGCAUCUCCCUCUCCUCUGCAUGUUGCAUCUCCCUCUCCUCUGCAUGUUGCAUCUCCCUCUCCUCUGCAUGUUGCAUCUCCCUCUCAUCUGCAUGCUGCAUCUCCCUCUCAUCUGCAUGUUGCAUCUCCCUCUCCUCUGCAUGUUGCAUCUCCCUCUCCUUGCGCAUCUCCCCCCCCGCAGGUACUCCUCACAAUUUAAGUGCGAUGACGACGCCAUGGCACUGCUGCAGGCAGGCGCAUGCAUGCAGCUGCAGCAAUGGGUGGUGAUGAUUCUGCCCCUCAACCCUGCCUGCUCGCAUAAUCUCAUCUGCGUGCUGCAUCUCCCUCUGCCUGUCCCCCUCUGCAUCCCCCUCUGUCUGUCCCCCUCUGCAUCCCCCUCUGUCUGUCCCCCUCUGCAUCCCCCUCUGUCUGUCCCCCUCUGCAUCCCCCUCUGUCUGUCCCCCUCUGCAUCCCCCUCUGCCUGUCCCCCUCUGCAUCCCCCUCUGUCUGUCCCCCUCUGCAUCCCCCUCUGCCUGUCCCCCUCUGCAUCUCCCUCUGUCUGUCCCCCUCUGCAUCCCCCUCUGCCUGUCCCCCUCUGCAUCCCCCUCUGUCUGUCCCCCUUUGCAUCUCCCUCUGCCUGUCCCCCUCUGCAUCCCCCUCUGUCUGUCCCCCUCUGCAUCCCCCUCUGUCUGUCCCCCUCUGCAUCCCCCUCUGUCUGUCCCCCUCUGCAUCCCCCUCUGUCUGUCCCCCUCUGCAUCUCCCUCUGUCUGUCCCCCUCUGCAUCCCCCUCUGCCUGUCCCCCUCUGCAUCCCCCUCUGUACUCCUCGCAGUUCAAGUACGAGGACGCCAUGGCGCUGCUGCAGUCAGGGGCGUGUGUGCAGUUGGAGCACGGGCAGGUGACCAGUGGGGGGGAGCUCGCUCUGCUGCUCACCGACUUACUCUCCUCCACCGAGACGCCCUGCUGGGAGGACUCCCUGGCGCAUCACAGCCGUCCCCACCAUCUGCUCCGACCCCCUCGUCCCCCAACAUCUUCCCGCCUACCCGCCCUUGUCCCCUCCCCCUCCUACCCCUCCCCAGAGCGCAUCACCGCAGUGUACACCAGCUUCCCGCGCUCAACCGACCCAUCAGGUCUGCUCCCGGGUGAAUCCGAGGAGGCGGCCAGGCUCAGAGUGGACGGGUGCAAGCGCUUCCUCAGAGCUGCGCUCAAGUACGUGCCCCUGGCUAGGACUCACACGUGGAAGUCUCACCUCGCCCCAUCUGCUGCUCCUUGGUGGUCCGCCCAGUGGUCAGCCCAGUUCCCCGAGAUGCUAUCAGCCCCAUCCAGCCCCCAGGCGCAAGCAAAGCCCUCAUCGCCCACAGCGUCCUCCCCCGCCGCCCUGGCCUCCCUGGGCUCGCCGGCCAUUCACCUCAUGCUCGCCCACUGCCUCUCGUCCCAGCUGCCUCCUCAUAAACGGGUUGGUGCUUUCCUUUUCUCCUCUCCCCCUCGUCCCCCUCCUUCCCCCUCUUUCAUUCCCCCUCCUCUUCCCUUCCCCCUCUUCCUUGCCUCCCUUGCCCUCUCCCCCCUCCCAAUCUUCCUCCGCCCUGGCCUCCCUGGCCUCCCCACCCAUUCACCCCAUGCUCUCUCACUGCCUCCCCUCCCAGCUGCCUCCGCACAAAAGGGUUGGUCCUUCUUCCUUCCCCCCUUUUUCUCUCCCCUCCACACACCUCAUGCGUGUACACCUCGUUUUGUCCUCGCGAAUUAUGCUUCUCCAUCCCAUGUCUAUCACUUCCAUCCCAUGUCUAUCGCCUCCAUCCCAUGUCUAUCACUUCCAUCCCAUGUCUAUCGCCUCCAUCCCAUGUCUAUCGCCUCCAUCCCAUGUCUAUCGCCUCCAUCCCAUGUCUAUCGCCUCCAUCCCAUGUCUAUCGCCUCCAUCCCAUGUCUAUCGCCUCCAUCCCAUGUCUAUCACCUCCAUCCCAUGUCUAUCACUUCCAUCCCAUGUCUAUCGCCUCCAUCCCAUGUCUAUCACCUCCAUCCCAUGUCUAUCGCCUCCAUCCCAUGUCUAUCGCCUCCAUCCCAUGUCUAUCACUUCCAUCCCAUGUCUAUCGCCUCCAUCCCAUGUCUAUCGCCUCCAUCCCAUGUCUAUCGCCUCCAUCCCAUGUCUAUCGCCUCCAUCCCAUGUCUAUCACCUCCAUCCCAUGUCUAUCACUUCCAUCCCAUGUCUAUCACUUCCAUCCCAUGUCUAUCGCCUCCAUCCCAUGUCUAUCGCCUCCAUCCCAUGUCUAUCGCCUCCAUCCCAUGUCUAUCGCCUCCAUCCCAUGUCUAUCGCCUCCAUCCCAUGUCUAUCACCUCCAUCCCAUGUCUAUCACUUCCAUCCCAUGUCUAUCGCCUCCAUCCCAUGUCUAUCGCCUCCAUCCCAUGUCUAUCGCCUCCAUCAUGUAUCCUGAGAAACUACAGCAGGGUUCUUCCACUUUGUGUGCUCAGACAACCCAAGACUCUUCUGAGUCGACUCAAUUGUCCUCCCCGGGCCCCGCCCCCCACGCAGGACUAUGCAGCGGCAUUCUUCCACUUUGUGUACUCGGACGACCCCGCCCUCUUUGCUCACAGCCUGGCGGAAUACGCACAGCAGUGCUACCUCGGCGAGAGGGACCUCGUCAUUGCCAGGGCUAUAGAGAUUGAAGUUGACCAAAAAACACACUCUUGUGAUUCUUCUUACACCUCCCCUUUCUUCCCGCGCCUCUCCUCUCCAUGUUACUCGCGCUUUGAAGCCCUCACAGCAAUUGCUCUGAUUAGCAGCCCACCGUCCGUCUCAUUUCCCCAUAACGUGGCUCAGCUUGUCGCCUUCCUCGCCUCCCCCAUAUCCCCACUCUCCCAGGUGUUCGGCAGCAGGGACUGCAGCAACAAAUCUUUGGACCAUUCCUCGCCCAUGCCCCCCCUCGCCCAUGCCCCCCCUCGCCCAUGCCCCCCCUCGCCCAUGCCCCCCCUCGCCCAUGCCCCCCCUCGCCCAUGCCCCCCCUCGCCCAUGCCCCCCCUCGCCCAUGCCUCCCCUCGCCCAUGCCUCCCCUCGCCCAUGCCUCCCCUCGCCCAUGCCUCCCCUCGCCCAUGCCUCCCCUCGCCCAUGCCUCCCCUCGCCCAUGCCUCCCCUUGCCCAUGCCUCCCCUCGCCCAUGCCUCCCCUCGCCCAUGCCUCCCCUCGCCCAUGCCUCCCCUCGCCCAUGCCUCCCCUCGCCCAUGCCUCCCCUUGCCCAUGCCUCCCCUCGCCCAUGCCUCCCCUCGCCCAUGCCUCCCCUCGCCCAUGCCUCCCUUCGCUAAGGCCUCCUCUUGCCGAUGCACCCUUCCUGCCAUGCCCCUCCUCUCUUAGGUGUCUGGCGGCAGGGCGACUGCAGCAGGGCAAGCAGCUCUGGCACGACCUCAAAACGAAGCAGGCAGGCAUCUGGGGAGCGGAUGACCAUGCUGCUGGUGAUGAUGGUGCUGAUGCUGAUGGUGCUGCUGACGCUGCUGCUGCUGUGGAGAGUGGUGCUACUGAAGACAGAGCUGGUGCUGCAGCUAGCAAGUGGCAGGAGUCUCCCCUCUUACGUUUCACUGACCUUCUCCUCACUGCAGCUGAUCGCAGGGCGCCAUCACUUUUGUCUCAUCUGCGCCGCCGCUAUGAGCCGUCCCUCCAACGCGACCCUGCCUUCCCUCCUCUGCUAGAUGACAUUGCCUUCCGCCUCUUCGGAGUGCCGCGGCCUGCUGCAGCACCCAACUUCCUAACCGACAUGCUUAAGCUUGUGAUGGGAGAGGAGACACCAGCAUAG